AUGCCGGUGAUUCCUGGAGGGCCAAACAUGGGUAUCAAAAACGAGGAGGAGGAGCCUACUGAGGAAGCUCCCGGACCCGAGGGCAUCCUGCCAAACCCAGAGAACCCUGAAGUCCCGGGCCCCGCCCACCAGGGGAACGGUCCGCACACUGAAGCACCGGUGUCUGGGACAGAGACCGUCCUCGUGAACGGCCCUGAGGUGGAACUGCCCUCCGGCGUCCUGCAGGACGGACAGCAGACAGCCACCGCGGCCAACAUACCGACUGUAGCCGAUGCAGCCAAUGCAGCUGAAGCAGCCAGCGCAGCUAAGGUCAGAACAGGCAGUCCCUGUGAUAGGCUGGACAGCUUUGGGGGCCAGAGGAUGCCGCCCACUGCAGCCCCCCCGGUCCUCAAUGAGGUCACAACAGAUGAUCGUCGACCCUGCCCUGGUGCUCUCUUUAAUGUGAACAACAGCAAUAACAAGGAUGAAGAUGAGAAGAAAAACAAAAAGGAGAAGAAAGAAAAAAAAGACAAAAAGGAAAAGAAAGAAAAGAAGGAAAAGAAGAAAAAGAAGGAAGAGGAAGAAAAGGAAAAAGAGAAAGAGAAAGAAAAGGAGAAAGAGAAAGAGAAAGAGAAAGAGAAAGAGAAAGAGAAAGAGAAAGAAAAGACGCAACCGCCAAAGGAAAUCUUUGUGAUUGACCCAGCGGGCAACAUGUACUACAACUGGCUGCUGGUCAUCACCAUGCCUGUAUUGUACAACUGGGUCCUGAUCAUUGCUAGAGCAUGUUAUGAUGAGCUACAACUAGACUACCUGAUCGGGUGGUUCAUCGUAGACUUUGCAGCAGAUUCACUAUAUGUGGCUGACAUGGUGUUCAGGACCAGAACAGGAUAUCUGGAGCAAGGCUUGUUGGUCAAAGAUGAGAAAAAGCUACGAGACCGAUACACAACCAGCCUGCAAUUCAAAUUAGAUCUGGCUUCUAUGGUACCAACCGACUUUCUCUACUUCUACUUUGGAAUGAAAUACCCAGAAAUCCGUCUUAACAAGUUGCUUCGAGUGAAUCGCAUGUUUGAGUUCUUCCAGAGGACAGAGACGAGGACCAACUUCCCCAACGUCUUUCGGAUCUCCAACCUCGUCUUGUACAUCGUGAUCAUCAUCCACUGGAAUGCCUGUUUCUAUUUCUCCUUCUCAAAGGCCAUUGGGUUUGGAGCAGACCCCUUUGUCUACCCCGAUGUUUCGGACCCAGAGUUUGGGCGUCUGAUCAGAAAGUAUGCAUACAGCAUGUACUGGUCUACCCUCACCCUGACCACCAUCGGUGAAACCCCUCCACCCGCUGAGAACUCUGAGUAUUUCUUUGUGGUCGUCGAUUUCUUGAUGGGUGUGCUGAUUUUCGCUACCAUUGUCGGUAACGUCGGUUCCAUGAUCACCAAUAUGAAUGCAGCCAGGGCUGACUUCCAGGCCCGAAUCGACGCCAUCAAGCAGUACAUGAGCUUCCGAAAGGUGAGCAAAGACCUUGAGAAGAGAGUCAUCAAGUGGUUUGACUACCUGUGGACCAACAAGAAGGCUCUGGAUGAGAGGGAGGUGCUCAAAUACCUUCCUGACAAGCUGCGGGCCGAAGUUGCCAUCAACGUCCACCUGGACACGCUGAAGAAGGUGCGGAUCUUCGCUGACUGCGAGGCGGGCCUCCUGGUGGAGCUGGUGCUGAAGCUGCGUCCGCAGGUCUUCAGCCCGGGGGACUACAUCUGCAAGAAGGGUGACAUCGGGAGAGAAAUGUACAUCAUCAAGGAAGGGAAGCUGGCGGUGGUGGCGGACGACGGCAUUAAGCAGUUUGUGGUCCUCAGUGACGGAAGCUACUUCGGCGAGAUUAGCAUCCUGAACAUCAAGGGCAGCAAGGCCGGCAACCGCAGAACGGCUAACAUCCGCAGUACUGGCUACUCAGACCUCUUCUGCCUUUCAAAAGACGACCUGAUGGAGGCGCUGACGGAGUACCCCGAAGCCAAGGCCAUGCUGGAGGAGAAGGGGAGGCAGAUCCUGAUGAAGGAUGGGCUCCUGGACCUUGAAGUCGCUGCCCAGGGGCCCGACCCUAAGGAGAUGGAGGAGAAGGUGAUCAAGAUGACCAGCACCCUGGACGUCCUCCAGACUAAAUUUGCGCGGCUGUUGGCGGAGCAUGAAGCCGUGCAGAUGAAGCUGAAGCAGCGCGUCAGCAAGCUGGAGAAGAAGAUCACCAUCCACGGAGGCGUGGUCUUCUCUGAGAUGGUGACCCCGGAAGCAGUGACUCACACUGAGGCAGGCGAGAAGAAAACAGAAACAAAAGAGGAAGAGAAAAAAGAGCCAGGAGAGACAAAGGAGGAAGAAAAGAAGUAG